AUGGACGUGGACGAAUCCGCCGAUGGCGGGCCCCUCAAACCAGAGCAAGACGGCACCACGACCUCGAUCAGCGGCGACAGCGGUGCAGGCGACUUGAGCGCAAGCCUGCAAGAGUUCCGGUGGGAUCUUGACUCGACAUAUCACUCGGCGCAGAACAGUCUCUUCAAGACAGAUUCGUUUCCGACGUUUCAUGACGGCAUGGCAGGCAUGAGCGACAGCCCGGAGGAGCUGCAGCGACAGGAUCCGCUCGCGACCCAGGUAUGGCGGUUCUUCAGCAAGACAAAGCAGAUGCUGCCAAACCAAGAGCGCAUGGAGAACCUAACAUGGCGCAUGAUGCACCUGAACAUGCGAAAACGGGCGCAAACCGAAGAGGCCAGGCUCGGUCGCACCACCACCGGGGCUACUUUUGGUAGUAAUGGUGGUGCUGAUGCUACUGCUACCGCUACCGCUACCGCUACCACCUCCAACACUGGCGGCGGCGGGAGCAACACCACCACCAACACCCAUCCUACUUCUACUCUCAAUGCCCCCAGUGGAAUCGCACAAUUGCGCAAAACUUCUGAGCAGAGCCUCUCACAGCCAGAGCCCAUGAAUCUCGACGACUUCAUAGUCGCCGAGAAUGUUGCUACCCCGGCGGGCUUCGUGGCCACGCCGUCGCCGGAAGCCACCAAGCAUGAUGCGGAGCGCGGGUCUCACUCACAGGCGACCGCCAUCCCCAUCAAAUCCCGCAAGGAAGGCUCACAACACUUUGUUCCCCAAUCCGUGCCAGUGCCGCCGCAUCACCAGCGGAAUCAAGAUGAGUUCGGCUAUGUGACUAGACAUCACAGGAAAACUAGUAUUGACGAGCGACGUACUCGCAAACGUCCUGCGGACUUUUCGCCUCAUGUUCCCGCAGUGAACAGCAGUUCCCUCACGAACGAGCUGGAUGCCGAUGCUGAUCUCCAUGAAUACUCUCUGGACCAGGCACACAACGGCAACAUGGCCCACCCUCCUAACCAUGCAGGCAUUCCUUUCCCAUUGGAUACCUUCCACAUGGAGAAUGAUCCCAUCAUUACCUCUGCAGGGCCCUUCCAGCAGAACUUCUCCUUCUCUCCAUCCACUUCUCCCAUGGUCCCUCAUGGCCCUUUCUCCUCCAGCCUGUAUAAUAGCAACUCCGUCCCCUCAUCGGCAGUAGCGCCCGCCGAUUACUACUCGCCCCCGGGCUCUGCCUACCAGUCCGCCGUCUCUACGCCUCAUCCUAUGAAUGACGGCGAGAACUUCUACUUUGGCUCCAUGGAUGCGCGGACUCAAAGACAACAGGGCUUCCGCUCUGGUUCAAUCGGACACGCCAUGGGGAACCAGUUCAUGUACAAUGCGCCGACGCCCAACUCCAUGUUCCCCACCACCACUGCUGGCGGUGAUCCCUCCUCCGCCUUUACUCCCAGUUCAUUCGGUCACAUCGACCCCACUCAAGUCUUUCAAUCAGAACAUCCAGUCCGGUCGCCUGGCGUCGGCAUGAUGGAGAAUGGGAUGUUCACAUUCGGUGCCGACUCGGACGAGGGCGAUGAAGAGGGCGGCGCCUUUGCCGACCGCAACUUGAUGAUGGCAGCACACGAGUUCUCGCCUUCCGAUUUGAAGACGGAUGUCAUCAAGAAGCGAAAUCGGGGCUCUGGUGCUACCUUGCCGGUUAGCGGGACGAGCACAAGAUCCGGAAAGAAGAAUUCUGCCUCCAACAAUGCUUCUGGAACAAGCACCCGCAAGAACUCGACGUUAGCUCUCUCGGCAACUCCUGCUCCAGUGCAGGCAGCUACACCGCCGUCUGCUACUCGUGAUGGCAGUGUGCUGGACAGCGCGAGCCCUGCUAGUGGACCGGCUUCUGGCGGAAACACUGCUGGAAGCACGCCGACCAGCUACCACGGCAGUGCAGGUUCGUCCUCCGGUGUCGUGGGUGGAAAGGGCGUUGUCCCAAUUGCAGCCGCUCCCCCAAAGACAGCCCCUGGUCCCGGCGCCGCUGCUAUGCCGAGAACGAUUGCUAUGGCGUCAAAACGUCAGCGCCGGCAUAGUAAGAGCGCCAGCGACUCCAUAGGAGGCAUGGACAUCGACAGCCCCGAGAACUCCACUGGUUCGAACGAGGCCGCCCGAUCACUCGGCUCGAACAAUGGGUUUGCUGGAAUGCCCAAUCCAGCAAACCUUGGACUGGCCAACGGCUUUGGAAUGACCCAAAGACCAAUGGUCGGACCAGGUAUGAUGGGCGCGAUGCCGGGUGGACAACCCGGUUUGACGAUGAACCCCGGUGGCACUGGAGCUGGACCUCAAGAGUGGGAGUGGUUGACAAUGAGUCUCUGA